ACUCAGUGCCGGACAGCGGUUCCUGCCGCUCCUGCGGUGGGGGCUGCCCGAGAGCCAGGGCAGUGGGGAGGGACGGCGAGAAAGAAUGUUUAAGUUUAUUUAAGAAAGAGGAAAAAAGAGUCAACAGAUUCAGGAUUUUCGUCAUUCUUAUUUUUAAGUCACGUCCAAAGCUCCGUGGAGAAGGGGCUGGAGGGUGGGAAAAUCAUUUUUGUAUACACUCCAUAUAAGAGAGAAGAGACCCAUCGAAGAUUCGGUACGGAGUCACCUGGAAAUUGGAGAUGUUGGAUACGAUCGCCCGUGCCCUGCAGGACCUGGGCAGGCAGGUGCUGCCCACUCUGCCCUCGCUGAGCCAGGAGGAAGUCUCUAUUAUCUGGGGGAAUGUAUCAGAAUUUGUGGGACGGCAGUUAACCCUGCAUAAGGGGGUUCAGAUUCCAGGAUUUGGAACUUUCACUUUCAUGAGACAAAAACUUGAGGUGGGCAACAACAAGUUUAUCUUAAUCCAGAGGCCCGUGUUUAUUAUGGCGGAGAAGCUAGUGCAGAUCCAUGGACUCAAACAAAACAAAGUAUAUACUCCUGGUGAUAUCCCAAUUGUUCCACUGAAUUUUGUCAUGAUAUCCCUGGAGGGUCCAUUUAACAGAGAUGUAGUGGAAGGAUGUGUGAAGGAGACGUUGCUUUUUUUAUCGCGAUCCAUUUCCAUGAAACAAAAUGUGGAGUUUACAUUCAAAGGAAUUGGGGUCCUCAUGAUCAGAGACAACAAAGUGAAGAUGAGGUUUUAUAAAGACUUCCUUUGUACCAUGGAUGGAAGUGGGGCUUUGGCAAAGGCCCUAGCAAACAGGCCUGGCACUGUGGACUCGGUGUUGUCUAGCAGAGAGGCCUUGAGGAAGUGGCCCAGCAGUGUGCUUGCAUUUCCAAGGAUUGAGCUCAAGGAGAUGGAAAACAAACUACCUGUGGAGACCCUUGUAGAAGAAUGUGGAGAGAAUAGAGAAAGAAAGUGCAAGUUAAAAGACCUGUCAGACAAAGAAGAAGGCAUCAGAGAUAUCUCAUCACCCAAGAGACUUCGAGAUAGACAAGCUUUGUUCCCUGCCAAAGUGACAAAUGUCAGCUUGCUGGAAAAGUCUGACCAAAGUGAGAGUGGUGGGAAGAUUAUGACCUCUGAAAGCUUAUCAUCUCCAGGUUGUCUGAAACAUGACAGUGACAUGAAGCCCCAAACAUCUCCAGCUUGUCAGGAUCAUGAUAAGGCAGGACAGGAAAUGUGCUAUGUAUGUUUGCAACGAGCACAACGAAAUUCCCCGUUGUACUACGGUGAGGAAAGGAGGAGAGAGAUAGAAGAUGAGAGACUCAUACAGCAGUAUCAGAUGUUGAAAGAUCAGGAGGCUCUCUUCAGACACCAGAUGAAAAGUCUGGCUACUAGAGAACAGAAUCAGAAAAAUGCUGCCUAUAAUCUUGGAGUUGCUGAAGCUAUAAGAAGCCACAAGAAUGAGAAACCAGAAUUUUAUAAAUCCUUCCUAUUUGACAAACGGCCACUCAGUCCUGCGUUUAAUGCUCUUAAGCAAGAGGAAUAUUCCCGGAGUCUCCUGAAACAAAUGGAUAACAGACAGCAAAACGAAAUAAAGCAAAGACAAUACAGAGAGUUGAUGGAUCGCCUGGAACAAGUGCAACUCACAGAGGAACUUGCUGUGCAAAGAGCGAAAUUUUUAAAAGAUAAGAUGGAAGAAACACAGUGUUACAAGAGAGCUUUGGAUGCACAGAUAAAGAACAAACCCUCCCGGCUGCCGCCCUUUGAGCCAGACUCCUCUGAGCCCAUCUUUGGUAAGAAUGAGGGUGAACUGAUGGUGGAAAAGCACAAGCGAGAACAAAAUUACAUGAAACACCAGCUGGAGGCAGCUGCUAACCUCAAGAGGAAAGCCAUCCUGCAUCAACUAGUGGACCAGAGGCGGGAUUUGCAAAUGCUUCAGAGGACACAAAGAGAGCAUGUGGCAGACAGAACCGCUGAGCUGGAGCGAGUAAAGAGAAUCAACCAAUGCUUACAGGAGGACUGGGAAAGGUGUGCUGCGAUGAAGAAGCAGCGAGACCUGGAGGAGAAGGCUUUUGAACGGGCUUCAGACAAGCUGUUUCUCCUAGACCAGUGUGAGAAGUAUCGGCGCUGCAAGCAGUGCCAGAGGCGCACCUCCAAUGUGGGCGAGAGCAACCUGUGGCCCCUGAACAAGUUCCUGCCAGGCUCCCGGUUGCUUGUGUAAAACUCUAAGUUUGGAUCUGCGUUUCCUGGGGAAAGUUUUUAUCUUUUACAUGUUUGGGGGUGAUUGUGAAACUGCAUAUUUUUACCUCAGAGAAAAAAAUCAUUGUUUAGGUUUGGUGCUUUCAUUAGAUUGCUUGUUAAGCCCUUAUUGAAUUCACUCCUGCCUUUCUCCCACCCCCUUAUUUCCUAUACUCGUCUCUGAUGGCAGUGAAGGUGUCUGAAUGUUCUUGAGGGCUAGAACCUGCUACACAGGGGCUGGGAAGGGGACCCAGAUUCAUUAUGGCUGCUGGGGUGCUGCUGACCCAGCCCUGCUGCUGCUCCGUGACUUUGUGUACAAAACUUUUUUCGUCUGUAAUGAAUAGUGGCAAUAAUAAAUAUUUUCUAAGCGCC